UCAGCUGUUUGUCAAUGUCAAAAUUAGCCAUUUACCAAAAUAAUAAAUAUUUCAAACAAUUUUUAAGUGAUCAAAUAUAAGUGAUUUCAAGAAACACACAAUAAACAAUUUGAAUGAUGCACCUAUUUACUUUAAAAAUUAACUUAAAAGUUGUUAAUUUUGCUUGUUAAACUCAAAGAGAGGAUUAGUUAGACUAUGGAUGCUCACAAGUGUAGGAGAAAAACCCCAAGUCAAGAACUAUUGUAAUUUGGUUUUUAUAGUUUUUAUUUUGGUUAGAAAAACCAAUUUUAUUGAAAAUCAUGAAAAAAGUACACGGAAACGAUUCUUUCCAAAGAAUUAACUAUCUUUAUCAAAUAAGUAAACACAUGGCUGGCAUUAACCCAGUGCUUUCAGCCUAUUACGGAAAUCUUAUAAUUAACGUGGCGAAGAAGAAUGUCUUAAAAAUUCACCCAGAUAUAAAGAGGCAAGUAUGCAAGAAGUGCCGCUCAAUGCUUGUGGAUAAGACAUCCGCAAAAAUGAAGAUAAAGAACAAGCAUAAAUCUAAACACAUCGAAUGGAUAUGCAACACUUGUCAUACAAAGAGGGACUUCCCCACUGAUAAGGGCAAAGACCAUAGAGUUUGGCUGGAGAGGCCAGAAGCUGUUGAAGAAGUAAUUAAUUAAGAAAAUAAUAAUGCCCUCCCAACCAAAUUUCGGCCACAGUGGCCAAUCUCCAUAUACUUUAAUAAUAUAGUAUAGAGAUUAGCCAACUGCGCGGGAGAUAUUAUAGUGUGCAAACACAAGUGCACUCUCUAUUUCCUCACUCAUAGCUCGAUGGGACAGAUAUCCGACACAACCAUAGAAAGAUCAGACGUAUAUACUAGAGGACGAGAAUACUACAGGAUGUCUUUAGGCAUAGGCAUACAAUUUUACAGCUGUUUUUUCAUGAGAAUUGUUUCUAAAGAAUAAGACAGUUUUCAAUGAAAGCUC